UUAAGGUGGAGGUUGAGGGGCAAAAAAGGAAGAACAAUUGUGAGGAGGUGAUGAAUUUGGAGAUCCAAAUGAAAGGAUAAGAAACAGGUGAUGAUCUUUUUCCUGGCUUCCACCUAAACAAUUUUGGAAUUCAAAUUCAAAUUCAAUUGCAUGCAAAUGGAUGUUUAUUCACAUAUUUCAUCACCACCUUUCAUAUCGCAUCGUUUCUCUUCUUCACGAUACCAACCUUUCAAGCUUCUCUGUUCCAAGGAAUCUCAAUCGAAAGACGAUAAGGGUGAUAAAUCUUCAACAGAUUGGGACAAGGCAUGGUCAAAAUUGAAGAAGCAAGGGGGCAAAAAACCCUUCUCCAAAUUUUCAGAUAAGUAUGUGAGUUGGAAUCCAAGGCGUUCAGAAUUCCCUCUUUCUGAGGAGGUUGAUCCUAUUAAGAGAACAGAGAGAUCAAACCUCAUGUUCUGGAAUAGUCCCACUUUCACUCUUGGGGGUGCAAUUAUUAUUGUCACAUUUCUUUUAUUGUACACCAUUCUUGCACCAAUACCAAUCAAGUGAUCUCUUUCAAAGCAAUGUAAUUGUAGAAAUGAAGUUUUAUUUCACAGAAAAUGUAAAUCCUUUUCCAUUGAAGUUGAUGCUUCUCCCUUUCCUUCUCUAGUGUUGCUGCUUCAAUCACUUGAAACAAUUUUCUUCCUCCACUUGUCAUUGGUUUUUCAUUGUUAAUCUAUUUUCAGAUGGGUUUUCUACA